GGGCGGAGGCCGGGAGCGAGGAACAGGGACGCGGAGGAAAGCGGGGGGAGAAGAGCCCAAGGCAGGCGGCGCAGAGCGGGGGAGGGAGACCAGGGCAAGGGGACAGAAAAAGAAGGGGAGGGAAGGAGGAACACGGAGGGGGGCACAGGAAGGGAGGACAGAGGGCGGGCGCGGGGGAGCCGAAACAAGGAGAAGAAAGGCAAGGGACAGGGAGGCAAGCGCGCAAACCAGCCGCAAAGAAAGAAGAAAGCAAAGAGAGAAAAGGGGAACCGCCAGGGGGGAAGGGCAAGCACCACGCCAAGCCGCGAACGCAGGGGGAGCCAAACAAAGGGACCACAAGCAGGGAGACAGGGGAAAGGACCAGCCCAGGGGGCAAAGGGCAACCGCGCGGGGAACGAAAAAGGAGAGGAAGCAAGAGAAAAGAAGGGGAGGCACGGGGACGCACGGGGAGGGCAAAAGCAGGCAGGAAAAGGCGCGAGAGGGGGGCCAGGGGCGAGGAAGGCCGGACGGCGAGAGGGGGAGAAAGGGGGGGCCGCCAGACAGCCAAGAGGCCGGAAGGGGGAGGGGACGAAAACGGGAGGGAGAGAGAGAAGGAAGCACGGGGAAGGGAGAAGGCACAGGGGAAAACGGCGGAGGGAAAGACGACGGGCGCAAGGGGGGGGGCAAAGGCAAGGGGAGGGCACGGGGGCGGGGGGCAAGGGGAAGGGGAGCACAGAAGGGAAGGGGGGGCCAAAGAGGGAGGAGGGGGGCAGGGAGAGGGGCAGGGGCCAAAGAAGAAAAAAGAGGGAGAAGCGGAGGGGCAGAAGGGGGCGACGGACCACCACAAGGCAGCGAAAGCAGGACGGGAGAGGCCAGGGAGGGGCGGGGGAGCCGGAAGCGCGAGGAGGAAAGAGGGGGGCGGGGGACAAGGCAAACAAGAGGGCCGAAAGGGAAGAGGGCGCAGGGGGGGGAAGGAGACCAGCCAGAAGGGGGAAAGGCAGGAGGGGGCAGGAGACGGAAGGCCGGACGGGGGGAGGGGAGGAGGAGGAGGGGAGCGACGCGGGGCAAGCAGCCCAAGAAAAAGGGCCAGGAGCGGGAGAAAACAGAAAGGGAGCGGGCGACGGGGGCGGGCACGGAAGAGGGGAGGCGAGGACGAAGCCGGGGCAAGAAGGGGGAAGAAGAAGAACCAGGACACAGGGAAGCCAAGAAGGGGAAAGAGGGGGCGCAGCACAAGGCCCAGAACGACAGCCGGAAAACAGCAGGGGGGGAAGAAACAAGAAGGCCAAGAAGAAGGCCAGGCGAGAGAGGAAAGAGGAGAGGGGCCAAGGGCAAGGGAGAGCAGGGAGCGAAGACAAGGCGGACAAGAGGCGAGGGCGAAGCAGGGGCAAGAAGGGGAGGAGGAGGCGGCCCAACAGAAGGAAGAGCCAGCAAGAGGACCAAGGGGGCCAAGCACAAGGCCCAAGGCCAAACAAGGAAGACAACGCGGCAGGGGGGAGGGCAAAGAGGGGGGAAAGCCAAGGCAAGCCCAGGGGCAAAAGAGGAAGAAGAAG